AAUGGCAACAUUGAAAUGAAGGCUUCUGUACUGGGACUUACUCAUGCUGCUAAUGGCAUCGGAAUCUAUGCACCCUGGCCCAACCAAACCACAGCAAACCAAAGGGAGAAGGAACGUUUCUCAGGACAAGUCCUUCACAAGUGAUGGAGAUGGUGAUGGCACCUUUGUCUUUGAAGCAGACGACGCCUGGAAGGAAUUUCACAGCUCCCUUCUCCAUUUCUAUGAAGUGGGUGAGUUGUGUGACGUCACUCUUAAAGUUGGUUCAAAGUUGAUCCCCUGCCACAAGCUUGUCUUGGCAUGCGUGAUACCCUAUUUCCGUGCCAUGUUCCUUUCUGAUAUGGCAGAGGCAAAACAAACAGUCAUCGAGAUCCGGGACUUUGAUGGUGAUGCGUUUGAAGAUUUGGUGAAGUUUGCUUAUUCAUCCCGAGUGACCCUCACAGUUGAUAACGUCCAGCCGCUUCUGUAUGCGGCCUGCAUUCUCCAAGUGGAACUUGUUGCCAAGGCCUGCUGUGAAUACAUGAAGCUGCAUUUUCAUCCCUCUAACUGCCUGGCUGUGAGGGCUUUUGCAGAGAGCCACAACAGAGUAGAUUUGAUGGACAUGGCAGACCGCUUUGCUUGUGACCAUUUUGCAGAAGUGGUAGAUUGCGAUGACUUUGCCAGCAUGUCUCCUCAGCAUCUGUAUAAGUUGUUGUCUUCUGAAGAUCUUAAUAUUGAGACUGAAAAACAGGUCUACAAUGCAGCCAUAAAGUGGCUUCAUGCCAACCCCCAGCACCAUGAAGCAUGGCUGAACGAAAUACUGUCUCAGGUUCGACUGCCAUUGUUACCUGUUGAAUUUUUGAUGUCUGUUGUGGCCAAAGAGCAGAUAAUCAGAAAGGACUUGAAAUGCAGAGAUCUACUGGAUGAAGCAAGGAACUAUCACCUGCACCAAAGCAGCCGGGCUCUCCUUGACUUUGACUAUACAAUCCGCACUAAACCCAGGAAACAGACUGCCGGUGUCUUGUUCUGUGUGGGAGGAAGAGGAGGCUCAGGAGACCCAUUUCGUAGUAUUGAAUGCUACUCUGUAAGCAAAAACAGCUGGUUCUUUGGGCCAGAAAUGAACAGUCGAAGAAGACAUGUGGGUGUCAUCUCUGUGGGAGGAAAGGUCUAUGCGGUUGGUGGCCAUGAUGGUAAUGAACAUUUGGGUAGUAUGGAGGUGUUUGAUCCACUCACAAAUAAAUGGGUGAUAAAGGCAUCAAUGAAUAAGAAAAGGAGGGGAAUUGCAUUGUCGUCUCUUGGUGGCCCAAUAUAUGCCAUUGGUGGGCUGGAUGACAACACUUGCUUUAAUAAUGUAGAGCGCUAUGAUGUGGAAUGUGAUCGCUGGACUGCUGUAGCUCCAAUGAAUACACCUCGAGGAGGUGUUGGAUCAGUUGCUCUUAUGAAUCAUGUCUAUGCUGUUGGAGGUAAUGAUGGUGUUGCUUCCCUCUCCAGUGUGGAGAGGUAUGACCCUCAUUUGGAUAAAUGGGUAGACAUUAAAGAGAUGGGCCAGAGAAGAGCAGGCACUGGAGUGAGUGAAUUACAUGGCUGUCUGUAUGUUGUAGGUGGAUUUGAUGACAAUGCCCCUCUGAGUUCUGUAGAGAGGUACAAUCCUCAUUCCAACAAAUGGGAGUAUGUUGCAGAACUCACUACCCCGAGAGGAGGGGUUGGCAUUGCAACGCUGAUGGGAAAAAUAUAUGCAGUUGGAGGUCAUAAUGGAAAUGCAUACUUGAAUACAGUGGAGUGCUAUGACCCAGUUAUAAACAGGUGGGAGCUGGUUGGCUCUGUGGCUCACUGCAGGGCUGGGGCAGGAGUUUCGGUCUGCUCCUGUCUGUGUAGUCAGAUCCGGGACAUUGGCCAUGGGUCAAGCAAUGUGGUGGACUGCAUGUAAACAAUUUCUCUACAGACUGCAAUGAACAACGUUCAAUAACAACUCAUCUCUUUUGGAUUCAUUGAAAUCCCUGUUCCCAGGGUAAUCCGAUGUGUGUGCCAGCAGACCGAUGCAAAGUUUUGGAAAUGUGCUUUGUAGUCGGCACACUUGUGAUGAAAUGAAGGUUGCACUGAAGCUACACUUGUGCUCUUGUGACAGUUUGUGGCUGUGACAUGUAAUAACUUGGCAGUACAUGUAACUGUAUUCCUUUUCAUAUUCUUGAUACGUAUGAUUAGGUUGAGUCAGUAUUACACCUGGUAAGUUAUUUGUUGAAGUGCCAAAUGCGAUUUGCAUAGAAUCUGCACAUUUUGAAUGCAGAAAAAGAUAUUUUUGUGUCCCGUGUAAAUAAUAUACAUUGUUUUGACAUUUCAAUAUGUGUAUAUAGAGAAGUCUAUUUAUUAAACUAUUUUUGUUCUGUGGAAUGACAUUACAGUAGUAGUGAUGUUAGAU